AUGGCUCCCAUGGCGCCCAAAAAGAUCCCUACAACGAUCCACGACUUUCUCGUUCUCCCAUUGCGAGUUCCAGCUCAGCCAGCUUACCCCAAAGAUGCGACUCACUACCUCUAUCUCCGCGCAAACGCACCCAAAGUACCCACCGAGAACACACUCAGAGAAGCCUUUCUCGUGAAUGUACCAGUCGAUGCGACAGAAGUACACAUUCGAAGCCUAUUCGCAGAUCAUUUGGGUGGCGUGAGGGUGGAAAGCAUCGCAUUUGAAGGCGCGAGAGUCGGGAAAGGGAUUUCUGCGCCUGUUGCGCCGGUGAAGCAAGGAAAGAAGCGGAAGAGAGAAGAAGACGAUGAUACAGAAGAUGGAAAGGAAAAGGCGGCAGAGGUAGGUCUGUUGCCCGAAACGUGGGAUGGGGAAUUACAUCCCAGUGGCAGCACGGCCGUCGUUACAUUUGUGGAUCGAGAGAGUAAAGAAAUGGCUCUGAGAGAAGUGAAAAACGCCGUGAAGAGUAAGAGGAAAAUCACAUGGGGAGCUGGGAUUCAGGAUAGGAUUCCUGUUCUUGGCUCGGCGCGAUAUCUGGCCCAUCAUAUGCUCUGCUAUCCGGAUCCUGCUGUUCUGCAAGCUAGCGUGGAUGCUUUCAUCACUGCUUUUGAAGCCAAAGAGGAAGAUCGCAAGAAGGCUCUGGCGAGGUUACGGUCUGAACCGGACGAGGACGGCUUCAUUACUGUCACGAGAGGUGGUGGCGCAAGAGAGCAGGAGAACUUGAAGGCGAAGGAGGAAGAUUUCAAGAAGAGGGAGAAGAAGCGCGUCGGGGAGGACUUUUAUCGGUUUCAGACGCGGGAGAAGAAGAAGGCUGAGGCGAAGGAUUUGGUCAGAGGGUUUGAAGAGGAUGUCAGGAGGGUUGAGGAUAUGAAGAGGAGGAGAGGGAAGAUUAGGCCGGAAUGA